UUGAAGUUAUGUUAAUAUAAUUAAAAAUUAUAAUACUAAUUGCUAAAAAUUAUAAUAAUAUGUGGUUUGAAAUUUUACCAUCAUUAGGUAUAAUAGUUGGUGCAUUGGCAUUUCCACAUGUGUCUGCUUAUUACUUUAACUAUAUAGUCGUAGGAAAUAUGUUUAGAAGAAAAAUGGAGAGUUUUGAGGAAAGACUACAAUACUUAAGAGACAGAAGGCUUACCAGAAAUCCUUAUAAAGUCCAGGGAUUGGAAGCUGUUCCAGAUGACAGUGAAGAACCUGAGACAGUAUUAAAAAGUGAAGAUGAAUGCUAGUCACAAAUUGCCUCUGCAGUUCGCGACUGGCAAGCAAUCUGAAACUGAUAUGAAGCAGUUUAAAAAUUGUCGCCUGUCAAAUAAUUCACUCAACGCGCCAAGCAAAUUAAUAAUAGUUUUUGUUUAAUAUCGAUUAAAAGUUAAUUUGCUAAAGUUAUUAAAAUCAAUCUUUCAAAAA